GAAAUCCGUAAAGAAGAACAAAUUAUUUGCUGUGCUUGGUUGCUAGUUAGGUAUCUAGUUCGUUGAGAAUAUGAUUGGGGAGCUACGGGAAGGAAAAUGUUGAAAUGAUAAAAACAGAACAAAACGACACCGUCAAAACAAAUUAUGGAGUUGCACUCCUGCACAUAUCUGGUCUGCAGAAAAAUGCAGACCGGACUGUUCUGUGCAUUGAGAUGGCAUUGAGCAGCACAGCAUCAGGAUGAAAGAGGAGGAACUGAGUGCACCGGACUCUGGCCCCGCGGCCGAGCCAGAACCCAAGUCAGGGUUCGGCACGCAUGAGCCGGCGUGUGUCACGGCACACUGCGGCUUCGCUCCGCACCACACUGGUACCGCACCGGUGAAGACCGAAACCAGUGUGGCGGAUGUUAUGGAGACGGAGUGCUCGAGCAGCACAGAGCUGGAAUGUGUAGCCCGUCUGCGUCCGGACCAAAUCAAAACAGAGUCUGACCAAGGAGACUACGUGAAAGCAGAGCAGGACUUCCGUCUUGUGACCGUCGGAUUCGAUGAGGUGAAAUGUGAAUCUGAUGAAAGUUUAGCGAGCUUUUGCAUGAAUGAUGAGGUGAGCGGAGCAAGGGAUUGUAGUGAGGCUCAGACGGAGUCGUGGCGGAGUGAGGGAGAAGUCAGUCCACGCUCCAGAGGUGACGGAGGAAUCGAUAACCCCGAAAUGCUUCACUGCAGCAGUAAAACUCGGCACUGCGACGUGCAGGGAUUGGGCAGUCGGAGCAGCUUUGUGCAGAACAGUCUGGGAUUGGUGGGCGUUUACACUUUACUACAGUGUCAGAAAAUGAGUUCUGGUGACAAAACCUACGGCUGUGGCCAGUGUGGAAAGCUGUUCACCCGGGCUCUGUGCUUGAAGCAACACAAGAGCAGCCACACGACUGGAAAGCAGUUUAAGUGCGACCACUGCGGGAGGAGUUUCAAACAGCCGUCUCACUUAAACCAGCAUCGGAUCAUUCAUUCCAACGAGAAGCCGCACGAGUGUGCCCAGUGUGGGAAGUGCUUCAGUCAGGCUGCUACUUUGAAGCAGCAUCAGAGGAUUCACACCAACGAAGAGCCCUUCAGGUGCUCCCAGUGCGGCAUGGGCUUCCACCAAGCUCAGAAUUUAAAACGGCACCAGAAGAUUCACACGGGCGAGAAACCCUACAGCUGUGGCCGCUGCGGGAAGUGUUUCAAUCACGUGUCUAAUUUAAAUCAGCACCAGAGAAUUCACUCGAAUGAGAAAACGUACAACUGCACCCAGUGUGGGAAGGGGUUUAACGAGGCAUCGCGUUUAAAUCGACACCAAAGAAUUCAUUCGGGUGAAAAACCAUACAGGUGUGUCCAGUGUGGCAAAAGUUUUAAUCAGGCGUCUAAUUUAAAACAACACCAGAGGAUUCACUCAAAUGAGAAAACGUACAAAUGUAGUCAGUGUAGUAAAUGCUUUAAGCAGGCAUCAUCUUUAAAUAAACAUCAGAGACUUCAUAAGUGAAUCUGCCUUGCGCUACACGCACACAAUUAUCUAUUUGUUGCAGCACCAUUAAAAGUAAAGAAGCUUUAA